AUGGCAGAGAAGGUAUCAAUGUUGAAGAAUAAUCCCAAGUCCUCAAGGUCCCAAUCACGGUCAUCAUUAACACAAGCCCUUGCUGUUGCAUUGACGACUCUCGUCGCCUUCAGCGCGUUUCGUUUCCUACAACGCGAGCACUCCGUAGUCUGCUCAAAAACGGAAAGCAUCUACACGGUCGAUUCCUCAAAGCCGCGUGUGGAGUGUAUUGCUAUAGACGGGUCCCAAAUACUGGACACAGGAAGUCUAGACGAUGUAUUAGGAAGACUGAAAAACAUGGCCUGGACUUCGUCACUCACACUUUUUCCGUCUACUCUUACUGGAAUGUUGUAUCGUCCUCCGAAGGUCAUCUUUAUCGAUCCAAGUUCGAUUAUCGUCCCUGGUUUAGCAGACGCUCAUGCCCACAUCAUUGAGAACGGAUUCAAAAUGCAGCUACAACUCGACGGCGCAGAUUCGGUUGCUGAGGUUAUUGAAAGGAUUAAAGACCAUAUCAACAAACGACCAGAUAUGCCUGAGGACCACUGGAUCGAAGGAAUGGGAUGGGAUCAAAAUAGAUGGCCAGACUCUCGUUUCCCCACAGCCGCAGAUUUAGACUCGGAUCCUCUCUUGAAGGGCAGGCCGAUUGCGUUGCGUCGGGUUGAUGGGCACGCGACGUGGGUUUCUUCUCGUGUACUCGAACUCAUGGGUGAGCUUCCCUCUGAAGUUGACGGUGGAACUAUUGUUCGCGACAAUAACGGGAAUCCGACUGGUAUCUUCGUUGAUAACGCCAUCGCUCUUAUACCUGCACCAGAAUGGACGGAGAGUCAACUUUCGGAGUAUUUCGAUGCAACCAUGAAGGCCGCACUUUCUUUUGGACUCACGUCGAUUCACGAUGCCGAUACCUUACCUCAAAUGCGAAAGUUCUUCAUCAAGCAGGCCAAAGCCGGGAAGAUACCCAUGCGACUAUAUGUCAUGCUCAACGGGCACUUGGAGGUACCUGAAAAAGGACAGCUCAUCAAGUACGGAAAACAAGGUCGUUUGACCAUUCGUAGCAUAAAACUUUACACCGACGGCGCUCUCGGGUCCUGGGGAGCAGCGCUAUUAGAACCUUACGCCGACAAGCCGGACACGAUGGGUAUCAUGCGUAGCACGGCGAAAGAGAUGGAUCAACUUGUUAGGAACUACUGGAAGGAUGGAUGGCAAGUUAACAUCCACUGCAUCGGUGACAGAGCCAACCACGUUAUCCUAAAUGUCUUUGAAGGUAUCCUACAGGGAACGCAAGUCGGUCCCAACGUCACCGAAUGGCGUCCGAGAAUCGAACAUGCUCAGAUAAUGACGCAGGCAGAUCUUAAACGUGCCGGGACUCUCGGAGUGACGACUAGUGUGCAACCCACGCAUGCAACAAGCGAUAUGUGGUAUGCUGAAACGCGACUGGGUCCCGAUAGAAUCAAGGGAGCGUAUGCUUACCAAACGCAGCUGAAAAAUUCUCGCAACGGAAUACUUCCCCUAGGGUCUGAUUUCCCCGUCGAAGGUGUGAACCCGCUAUUAGGUUUCUAUGCCGCCGUUUCUCGUCUGGCCCCCGAUGGUACAUCCCCUCAUGGCACAGGUGGAUGGUACCCAUCAGAACGUCUCACUCGAACACAAGCACUGAAAGGGAUGACCCUUGAUGCUGCGUAUGCCUCUUUCAUGGAGAACGAGAUCGGGUCCCUUGAACCCGGGAAAAAGGCCGAUUUCGUCGUCCUCGAUAAAGACAUCAUGACUGUUCCUGUUGACGAGAUAUUGAGCAUCAGAGUUGUUGCUACAGUUAUUGACGGUGAAGUGGUGCAUGGGAACUUGUAA